AUGUUUCUCAGGCUGGCGGUCGUGGUGCAGGUGCUGUCGCUGCUGGCGAGCCGGGUGCAUGGCUUCCCGAAACCCGGGGGCAAAGAUAAAGCUAUACACAACAGACAAUUAAGUGUAGAAAGACCUUUGGAGGAACAGAUUGCUGAAGCUGAGGCAGACAAGAAUAGGAAAAUAGCUCCCACAGAAAAUAAGCCAGAGUUCAGGAAUUACUCCUUUGUUGAUGACCUGAACCUGCUAAAAUCAGUAGCAGAAAGAGAGAGGAAUGAAAAGGAGAGGGAGUCAAUUAGAAGCUCUUUGUAUGAACAGCAACUGGCCGUUGAUGAUGCAGACUCCACCAAGAACCGCAGGCUUGUGGAUGACUAUGACUCCACUAAAAGUGGGCUGGAUUAUAAAUUCCAAGAUGAUCCAGAUGGCCUCCAUCAAUUAGAUGGCACUCCUUUGACUGCUGAAGACAUUGUUCAAAAAAUUGCUGCAAGAAUUUACGAGGAAAAUGAUAGAGGAGUGUUUGACAAGAUCGUUUCGAAACUUCUAAAUCUGGGGCUAAUCACGGAGAGUCAGGCCUAUACCCUGGAAGAUGAAGUGGCAGAGGUUUUACAACAGCUAAUAGCAAAUGAAGCAAAGGAGCGUGAGAAAGAGUCUGAAGAUUUUGAUUACCCUCCAAGCAGAGCAGACAGUGAUACAAAAGAAAAGCAAGAGGAAAGAAUGACACCAAGCAAAGCUGAUCAGGAUAGUUUCAUUAAUGGAGAAAUUGAUGACACACUGGAUAACACAUGGUCAUCAUCUAAUAUCUUGGAAAGAAGAAAUGAGCUGCCUUCUGAAGAUAAUUUCGAAGACCUCCAAUAUUUUCCAAACUUUUACGCACUAUUAAAAAGUCUUAACUCAGAGACAGAGGCAAAAGAGAAAGAGACCUUGAUAACUAUCAUGAAAACCCUGAUUGAUUUUGUGAAGAUGAUGGUUAAAUAUGGAACAAUCACACCAGAAGAAGGAGUUUCCUAUCUGGAAAACUUAGAUACAAUGAUAGCUGAGCAGACAAAGAAGAAGCUUGAGAACCCUUCUACUAAAACCAGAUCAAAGCUACCAGCAGACAAGAGUAGUGAAGAAGCAGACAGUACGAAGGAAGAAGCAGCUAAAAUGGAAAAGGAAUAUGAAAUUUCAAAGGAUUCUACAAAAAAUGAAGAACAAAAUGCAGCAGGGAACAGUGAAGAGCCCAGAGGGAAAGCUGAGGCGUAUUUGGAAGCAAUCAGGAAGAACAUAGAAUGGCUAAAAAAACACAACAAACAAGGUAACAAAGAAGACUAUGAUCUUUCAAAGCUGAGAGAUUUCAUUGAUCAGCAAGCUGAUGCUUAUGUGGACAAGGGCAUCCUGGACAAAGAAGAGGCUGAUGUAAUUAAACGCAUAUAUGGCAGCCUGUAAAAAGCUAGUGGCUGCCAAACAUGUAGAAAACUAGUAUAGCUUCCCCGACUCCCAGCUCAAUGACUUAUGAUCUGUUAAUUUGAGGAUAUCAUUAGAAAUGCUCUGUUUACAUUGUACUGACAACUUUCUAGACAGAAAUGAAGAGCUGUAGUGCUCUGUACACUGACUGCAUACUGUAUUUUCCUACACUCACAAAUCAACCCUAAACGCCAAAUUCUGACACUGAAUUUCUAUUUGAUAGGGUAAAUA